UUAGUACUCUAAACUUUAAAUACAACUCUAAAUACCCAAGACAGAAGCUAGGUAGCUGAGCUCUACUCUCAGCCACUCAUCUCCAAUGGCGUCGGAGCUCAGACGCCCGCCCACGCGCACCGCCAGCGGCUCCCGACCGCCUACGUCUCGCUUUCAAGAAGGCUCUAUGAACGACAGAGCCAGCGCCGCACCUCCCGUCCAGUUCCUAGGUCCUGACCAGUUGAAGGACUACGAAGACCAGUUCUAUAACGAGCCUCCGACACCACGCGAGGCACGUAGAACACGACCCUUCUCCGCUGCAGCUGUAUAUCAGCACGCCAGCAUCGACGAACCACAGGAGCAGGAACACAGCCAGCAUCAGCAGAAGCAGCGACAUGCCAUCUCACACAAGAAGUCCUCGAGCUUCUUCGGCCGUGUUCGCGAUGCUCUAUUUCAUAGGGGAGGUGGAGGGCACCAUGGCCACAGCUCCAAGCAGCAAGAAGUGCGUAGGAAGCACAGCAGCCUGCAAGAGCCCAUACAGCAACCUCUCCCGCCGCCCCCUCCACGACCUGAUUACCUGCACGCAGGAAGGACGCAGUCCGAAGUCAACAUCGCCCAGAUCUUACCGAACCCGAGAGGUGCCGCAGACCGACCGUCGCGAGAGGACGUCAUGGCCUCGUACAAUGAACUAGUAGCUUCGGGCUUUUUCCAAUCCCACGCCAUCAAGUCAACUCGCCAUGCUCCUCCAUCAGCAGCCGCUGGGGGACGACAGACACCCGUGCUAUCCAAUGAUCACCAGCCUGCACCCCGCCCGCCUGUCCGUAUACCAUCUCUCAGAAAGACUAGUCAUCAUUCUGAUUCUAUAUCGCCUGUGCCAGUCCCAAGGCCAAGUCCGAUCCCUCAAGGCCGGGAUAGUCGCGAGUAUUCAGCUGCAACAAUGGCACCACCAGUAUCACAGCGACCUUCCUUAUCAUCGCUGCUCAGACCUUCAAUCCCAGAUCUCCACACCAAAGAUUCGUGGUACACACUGCGUGGACGCAAGCGUACUCGAGGUGACGGUGACGAAACGCCCACCCCAGACGCACAAUCCUCCUCGACGACGAAUAAUUCCGCAGGAUAUUUCUCACAGCCCCUUAAGAGAGUGGCUAAGAAGCUGCGGGAGAUGCCCUCCUCGUCCUCACAACUCAACAGCGAAGCCAAAAGCAAGAGCGCCGCUUCUGCAAGUCAGCACUCGAGUCAUCAGUCAGCAGCGGAUGGAGUCGUGCGGCUUGUACCGUCCGUCUCGUCAGGCGGCUCAGUAUAUCCCGAUGAUCGUCCCAUUCGUCUCCGCUCUCCAUCACCGGGUAUGGCAGACACAGUGAUGGGCGAUUAUGACGAGCAGAGGAACGGAAGAACCGCAGACAACGACAAAGCUGGCUCAGGGGUGAGACGUCCUCGCAAGACAUUCUCAUAUAACCUGAUGGAGUCUUCUCGCACUCGAGGCAGGACCGCCGAUCGCGAGCGUGGACGCGAACGCGAUAACUAUCGAGUUCAGAGGCGUAGCUCAUCAACCACGCGAACCGACAGCAGGGCAAAAACCUCGCGCAGCAACACUCCACAGCCUGUAAACGCACUAGGACAAUGGCAGGGCGUGUCGCUCGAAGACCCGGUGAUCCACCGGGAUUCCAUCGACAGCACACGUAGCGUCGGGGUUGAGGAGCGAACACAUGCCAAGACGAGAAGGACGAUGCAAUCCCCUCUACAGACGAUGACAGACGCGAACCAUCGCAGCGGCGUGCCCGCUGUGGUGGCCAAGGCGCCUGAGCGCUGGCACAACACGGGCAAGGCAUAUCACCUCAAAGACCGCGGCUCCCGGCCGGAUUUGGCGAUGCGUCGGUCCGAGGACAGCGGGAAAGCCGAGGGAAGGAACUACGGCAAGGAAAACGACGCUGACUGGCAGCAACGUACGGCGACCGUUGACGGAGACGGGGACGAGAACCGGGGCCGACACUCGCGAGAGGCGCAUUAUCGACAGCACGAGCUUCCGCAAUGGCAUAUAGGAAGUGCCUUGUGAGUUUCAAUGCUCUACUAACCUUCUGUCUUUUCUCAACCUCUCUCUCUCUCUCUCGGUUCCAUCGGGAGCCCGCUUUUACCCAUCACGAUAUAUGCCACUUCCUUCUACAUCCUCUGAUUUCUUCAUUCAGUUCCUCAUGAAACAA